AUGGAAAAAUAUUAUAAAAGAGCUUCAAAUGUGUCGCAUUUUUCUGAGGUGGAGGUAGACAAUUCAAAAAGACAAAAAGUUUCAAUCAUAUCACAUUUUCCUGAAGUAGAUUUUGACAAUUCAAAAAGAAAUUGUACUUCAAGUUCAAUUGAUAUGACUAAUCUUCCUACCGAUCCUGGGUUGCGACCACCAAUUUCCAAUUACCACCCAAAUAUUCAAGAUGAAAUUCGUAGACAUUAUCUACAGCAAUGGCCUUGUCAACCAAGAAGUCAUAAAUUUCCUAAGAAAUUCUAUGGAGCAAAGGAACGUCGAUUCAACAUUGCAUGGUUUAAUCAAUUUUCUACUUGGUUUGAAUAUAGCAUAAUUGAUUGUAUUCGCCUUCUUGUACGAAAAGGUCUUGCAUUUCGUGGUCAUGAUGAGUCCCAAGAGUCUAAUAAUCAAGUUAGAGUUGUUGCUUUAAAAAAUGCUUCUGAGAAUCUUAAACUGACUUCACCAAAGAUUCAAAAGGACAUUGUAAAUGCUUGUGCUAUGGAAACAAUUAAUGUUAUUAUUAGAGAUAUGGGAGAUGUUGUUUUUUCUAUUUUAAUUGAUGAAUCUCGUGAUGUAUCCAUAAAGGAACAAAUGGUCGUAAUGUUUCGUUAUGUGGACAAGAGAAGGUGUGUGAUUGAGCAAUUCAUCAGUAUUGAACAUGCUCCUAAUACCACUGCGAUCUCACUUAAGAUAGCAAUUGAUAAGUUGUUUUCAAAGCAUGGAUUGAGCAUAUCCAAAUUACGAGGUCAAGGGUAUGAUGGAGCUAGUAACAUGAGUGGAGAGUUUAAUGGUUUGAAAAGUAUUAUCAUGAAGGAGAAUGAAUGUGCUUUUUUUUUCCAUUGUUUUUCUCAUCAACUACAAUUAGCACUCAUGGGUGUGGCAAAGAAACAUUAUUUAAUAGGUACUUUUCUCACCGUACUGUCUAAUGUGGUGAAUGUUGUUGGAGCCUCAUCCAAGCGUCGUGACAUUCUCCGAGAAAAACAAGCUCUCAAAGUCAUCGAAGCCUUAAAAGGUGGAGAACUUUUGAGUGGAAGAGGCCAAAAUCAAGAAAGUGGAAUUAAGCGUCCAUGUGAUACACGUUGGGGAUCACACUUUGGUGCUUUGGUAAGCUUUACUAUCAUAUUUUCGUCUAUUAUUGAUGUGCUUGAGGAAAUUACAAAUGAUAGAUUGAAUAGUGAGCAAAAAUAUGAAGCAUCUAUUAUGCAAAUGGUGCAAACAUAUGAUUUUGUCUUUAGCUUGCAUUUGGUGAAGAAUAUUCUUGGGAUCACAAAUGAGUUGUCACAAGUCUUACAAAAAGGUGAUCAAGAUAUUGUGAAUGCAUUGGAUUUGGUCAAAAUAUGCAAGAAACAGUUACAAAUGAUGAGAGACAAUGGUUGGGAUUCUUUAGUAGAAGAAGUUUCUAGUUUUUGUAUGAAGUUCAAUAUUGAUGUUCUUGAUAUGAAUCAUAUGUAUUGUCCUCAAGGGAAAUCACGACGCAAGACUCCAAAGCUAACAAUUUUUCACUAUUUCUGUGUUGAUUUUUUCAAUACAGUGAUAGAUUUACAACUACAAGAGCUAAAUAGUCAUUUUAAUGAGGCUAAUACUGAGUUUCUACUUUGUUUAGUAUGUUUAUCUCCAGCUAAUUCAUUUUCUACUUUUAACAAGGGAAAGUUAAUCCGUCUUGCUCAACUUUAUCCAUGUGAUUUUUCUACAAUGGAUAUAAAGGUACUAGAAUAUCAACUUCAAACCUAUGUUGAUGAUAUGCGUUCUCAUGUCAAGUUUUCAGCUUUGAAAGGGAUGGUUGUUGUUUCUAAGAAACUAGUUGAGACAAAAAAGGAUAAGGUAUAUCCAUUGGUUUAUUUGCUUAUUAAAUUGGCAUUAACGCUUCCAGUUGCAACAGCUUCGGUAGAAAGAGCAUUCUCUGCAAUGAACAUUGUGAAGAAUCAAAUGCGCAACAAAAUGGGAGAUCAAUGGUUGAAUGAUAGCCUCACUGUGCAUCUUGAGAAGUAUGUGUUCGAUGCUAUUGAUAAUGAGUCUAUUAUCCAUCGUUUUCAAAACAUGAAAUCUCGUUGA